CUGCGAGCGCCAGUGUCUUAAAUGUCAAUUCACUCUCCUCUGCUUGCGCGCAGCUAUACAAAGAUUACGCACACACACAUACACUCACACACACACACGCACGCACACGCGCGCGCGCCUCGGCGGAAUUGGCUCCCGGUUGGUCCAUCAGUCGGCCAGCCCUUAUCCUCUCUUGCACUGGCCGCGGUGUGCGCGUGUCCGGACUGGAGCGCAGGAGCUGGACGACGCCGACGACGCCAGUGAUGUGAUGAUGGUGAUGAUGAUGAUGAUGAUUAUGUAGAAUAUGACAACAACACCGGCAGUGGCUCAAAUAUGUGACCGCUAUCGCUCCCGCAUGUUCGCAUUGUGCGCGGAUCCGUGACAACUUCAGAGGUCAAGCAGCCUGCCGCAGUUUCUUUCCGGGAUUCCCGGUGGAUAUUUCCUCUUGCACAUGAAUGGAGGCGGCUCAAGGGGAAAAUCUGAGUUGAGGUUGCCUGCUGCACGGCGUGUGUGUGUGUGUGUGUGUGUGUGUGUGAGUGUGUGUGGGACGUCUAACGGACACUGGUGUUGCGUAAAGCGCCCGCGCUGCCAGUUUUGGAGAGUUGGGAAGCGGCGCGCUCCUGUGCGACUAGAAUGAACAACUCGAACAACCAGAGGGACAGCGACAUCCAGAAGAAGAUUGACCAUGAGAUCCGGAUGCGUGAUGGAGCCUGCAAGCUGCUGGCUGCCUGCUCCCAGAGGGACCAGGCGCUGGAGGCAGCAAAGAGCCUGCAGACCUGCAGCACACGUAUCAUGGCCUACAUGUCGGAGCUGCAGAGGAUGAAGGAGGCUCAGGUCAUGCAGAAGGUCACGCGGAGGUCGUCGGACGCGGGGCCGAUGGACGACAGACUCCCAUGCAAAGGAAAAGUGGCCAUCUCAGAUCUCCGUAUCCCUCUCAUGUGGAAAGACACCGAGUACUUCAAGAACAAAGGAGAGCUUCAUCGGUGUGCUGUGUUCUGCCUGCUGCAGUUGGGAGGAGAGAUCUUUGACACGGACAUGGUGAUAGUGGACCGGACACUCACUGAUAUUUGCUUUGACAAUGCCAUUGUGUUUAGUGAAGCCAGCCCAGGUUUUGAGCUGCGUGUUGAACUGUACAGCUGCUGCUCGGAGGACGACUACUCAGCAGGGAGCACGCCGAGGAAACUGGCCAGUAAGCUGAGCUCCUCCCUGGGCCGAUCAGCCGGCAAGAAGCUCCGGGCAGCCAUGGAGCCCGGACCGUGCAGUCCUGUCAGCAACGGGGGGGCGUCCCCUCUCCUGCUGCCAGUUCCCUCUGUGCCAGGCCCUAAGUACCACCUCUUAGCUCAUACCACGCUGUCACUGUCACACGUCCAGGACAGCUUUCGCACACACGACCUCACCAUCUCAGGCAACGAGGAGUGUUCAUACUGGCUGCCCCUCUAUGGCAGCAUGUGUUGCCGCCUCGCAGCUCAGCCUCACUGUAUGACCAAACAGAUGAUAACUGGAUGUUUGAAAGUCAAGCAGUGUGGUGGUGACCCUCAGAGUUGGACAAAGGUGUACGCCGUUCUGAAAGGAACAAGCCUUUUCUGCUACCACCGGCAAGAAGAUGUGGAGGCUAAUGUUGAACCCGCCUUCACUAUCGCUAUCAACAAGGAGACCAGAAUACGCGCGUCAGAGAAAGACCCUCAAAGUAAAGUUCAGAAUAUUUGUAUCAGCAACCAGUACGGAGGUGAGGAGGUCACACACACUCUGACCACAGACAGCCGCGAGGACACACACCGGUGGAUGGAGGCCUUUUGGCAACAUUUCUAUGACAUGAGCCAGUGGAAGCAGUGCUGUGAUGACUUAAUGAAAAUUGAACUGCCGUCACCAAGGAAACCCGCUCCUGUCACACCAAAACAGGGCUCUCUUUACCACGAAAUGGUUAUUGAGUCAUCUGAUGACCUCAGCAGCACUGUGUCAGACAUCCUGGCUCGGAGGUUGCAGGAGCUGGAGCUCCGCAGCCAGCUUGGCACCUCUCCCACCUGGAUGUCUGUGUUUGAGGAGAACAACCCCAAAGGCGCCGGCCGCCCACAUCCCUGUACCUCUCGCCUGUCCGGCCACAGCCCCUGCACCCCUCACCGUCUGCCCCGGAGCCCAGUGAGCCCUCACCGCUGCCAACAGCCGGGUUUGCUGUCCUCAGAUGCAAGCCUGGCCUCGGACAGCGACAGCCACUGCAGCACCAGUCCCUGCUCUCACUACCACGGCUGGCCCGAGCGCUCCUCAAACUUCUCUCUCUCGUCAUCUUCCCCCUCUCGUCUGAGGCCGCGCACUCUAUCGCUGGAUGCGAAGCUCAGCACCCUUCGGGGGAGGGGAUCCGGAGGAGGGGGGACCUUCCAGUGUCCCUGCCAGCCUCCCCCUUCCCCGCUGCUCGCCCCUAUGCCCAUCUCCUCUCGCUCGCCUCGGUCACAGCGCAGCACACAGACCACACUCUCCAGCUCCAGCUCCACCUCCAGCAACAGCUCCAGCAACAGUGAGGGCAGCCACAGCCCUGAGUCAUCCGAAGGAGUUCCCUUCUCCAGGCCUUCCCCGGCGCGACGCAGCCUCAGGAACCUCCGGGCCAGACUCGAUCCUCGCAACUGGCUCCAGAGCCAGGUGUGAACUGGAGGACAUUUGAUGUUGGCCUAAAGGCAAUAGUACUCAUUAGAUCAUGGUUUAACAGGCUUAACGCGUGAACCAACCUCAGGCUAUCUGCUAGGCCAUAUGCACAGCCCUGAGCAGGAUAAGCUGCCUCUAGCCUGCCUCCUGGUGGAGGAUGGAUCACGGAGGACCCUCAUGGGGCAAACUGGAAUCACUUCUAACACAAAAGGCUGGUGACAAUCACCGCAGAGGUCUCUUGGUUUUGACAGGGUUGCCACACUUGUGAAGACGGUCGGAAAAACGAAAUGGGAGGAAAUCUGCUUGCUUUGAGAAAUCAUGGUCAUUCCAAGUGAUCGCCGCUCAAGACUUGCUCUGAUAGCCAAGCCACACUGGGCACCUACUCCCUGCAACUGGACAAGGUUUAGUUUUGUCCUCUGCAUCAGCCAUCCUGGCCACUCAAACAUUGCUUCGAGGUCAUCCCUAUUAAUUCACUAGCAGACCGGACGAGUCUUAUCGGUAUUUUAUUAAUUAAGGUUUGCGGUGUAUUUGCUAGGAAAGCCAGUGAGCAUGUGGCAAGAUGAAGAUAGGGUAUAAUGCGUCAAGUCUCCACAUGUCAACUGUUUCAAAUGUGGAGGGAACGGUUGGUGUUUGUUGCCUGUACUGUGAUAUCUACUUCAGUGUCAUUUUUCUAAUUAUUCACACAACAGAUGGAAUUUGUGGUUCUCCUAAAAUUACUAUGCACCAUUUUUGUUCUGUUUUUCUUUUUGUGUGUGUUUUUGUUUUUGUUGCAUGAUUACACUUAACAGUUAAAAUGUUGAACUACUUGAGAUCAUUUCAACAAUGAUUUUGGUGAAAGCUUAACUCAAUACAAGUGCUCAUACUUACUGUACUGGUUAUUACUGUGAUCUCUUCAGGGUAAAAAUCUGUGCUCUGGUCUUUUCUUUUACACAUUUAUCUGCACACUGUUGACAGGCUGUAGUCCCAACUGAGCAACAGAUCCCUGCAUACAUAAAUCAAAGUGAAAUUACGCAAAGCUUAAGUAGUAAAAAAACAAAAAAGCCAUACGUAUAAUGUGCUACAAUGCCUCACGGCAAUAUUGCAGCAAUUGAAUAGUGAUUCAUGCUUAUGGAUAAUCAAAUAAAAUGUGAAACGUCCAUCAGUCCAUUGUUUUGCGACACAAAAAACAAUUUUUAUGGUAAUAAACAGAGCAAAUAAAAAAAAAGAUAAAAGGCAAGUGUUAAGUCACAAUACAGUGGUGCGGGCAAAAAUGAACUGGUUUACACUGCCAGUAUUUUCAAAAUGAUGCAAGUUGUUGGCAUUUAGACAACUCACAUCCAUUAUUUCUCAUUACGCGAGAACAGUUGAAUCUUGUCAGGGAGUCGGUGUCUCUGUCAGUGCAGUGAAGCCUCUUCUGUCUCUGUUGUUUACUGUAGACUUUGGUAACAGUUUCGCUCUCUGGGAGUCAUUUUUACUAAGAUCUAAAACUGUCAAAUGCUUGGAAAAAAGCAUCUGUUACUGUAAAUGUUGUUGUUUUUUAAGUUAACAAAUAAACCUCUUUGUCUUUUGUUACACUAUUGAUUUUUGUUAUAAAUGCAGCUAUAAUGAUACCUGAUUAUCAUAAUGUUAACAGAUGAUGUGCAGAUCUUUUAACUGUUCCAAAUAGAUAACAUUGAAUGUUAUAACCAACCGUGCAAGAGUUUCCCUUGGUGGCAGGCUUUGUGUUCUGCAUGUACGCCGUCCGAGAGGGCGAACAUAAAUGGAGAAAUGUGGAAAUCCUGUUUAAAUAAUAUAACAUUAAUUAUAAUAAAUGUUUUAUCAACUCAAAAA